CGGACGGCGCGGAUAGACAGGCAAGCAGACAGACAGACAGACAGGCAGCCGGCGCGGACAGACAGACAGACAGAGAGACACACAGCCGGCUCGGAGCGGUGGCGGGGGGGACCUGCUGGGCUGGGGCCUGAUCCUGCGCCCCGCGCGUUCCGGUGCCGUGUGCGGGUCUCCGGCGGCGUGGAGCUGUGGGGAGGAAGGUGGCGGCAGCGCUCAGCAUGCGGAGCUUCCAGCCGCUGCCGACACACCGUUAAACUUCAUAUUUACUGGGAGAAAAUCAACCCUUUUCAAAUUUGCAGCAUGAGUCACUUUCUUUGGAAAUGGCUCAUAACUAGCACCAACAUUCAGCCAUGGAUGAUCAGGACAAGAAAACUGAAGUUGUACUGCUGGCCUGCGGGUCCUUCAAUCCCAUCACCAACAUGCAUCUAAGAAUGUUUGAGCUGGCUAGAGACUACUUUCAUGAAACAGGAAACUACAGAGUAAUCAAAGGAAUAAUUUCACCAGUAGGUGAUGCAUAUAAGAAGAAAGGUCUGAUCAGUGCGAAUCACCGAGUAACUAUGGCAAAACUAGCUACAAAAAACUCAGAUUGGGUGGAAGUUGAUGAUUGGGAAAGCAGCCAGAGUGAGUGGUUGGAAACACUAAAAGUUUUAAGGUACCAUCAUCAGAAGCUUUUAUCUCCUGAUCCCAGUAAUAGUCUGCAGAAUGCUAUACCUUUAACUAAACCGGGACGGAAGAGGAAACAGGAACCAAAUAGGCAUGACCCUGUUAAAAAGAAAAAUCAGAGUCCAGAUAUAAAAAGUGUCCCACAGGUUAAACUGCUUUGUGGAAGCGACAUGCUUGAAUCUUUUGGGAUCCCAAAUCUGUGGAAGUUGGAGGACAUCACUGAAAUUGUGGAAAAUCAUGGCCUCGUGUGCAUCAGUAGGGCUGGAAACAGUGUUCAGAAAUUCAUCUACGAAUCUGAUAUUUUGUGGAGGCAUAAGAAUAACAUUCACCUUGUGGAAGAAUGGAUCACAAAUGACAUUUCCUCCACCAAGAUUAGGAGAGCACUGAGGAGGGGCCAAAGCAUUCGUUACCUUGUGCCUGAUGUAGUUCAAGAAUACAUAGAAAAAAAUAAUCUGUAUAGUCCAGAGAGUGAAGACAGGAAUGCUGGGGUUGUCUUGGCUCCCUUACAGAAACAUGCAAGUGAUUCCAAGAACUAACAGGCACCAUACAACUAACUUACUUUCUGCUGUGGAAAAAGCUACAGUUAAGUACAGGAAAAUGUGGGGUUUAGGGGUCGUUCUUUUUUUUUGCUUUUUCAAGUAAAUAGUGAGCUAAUUCUGUGGCUUUGGUGCAUACGUACUUGCUUUUGAGGUUUGGUGCACUCAAGAAUUGGACCUAAACAAUCUUUUUUAAAUCCAAUAAUAAGAUUUUCACAUUUAAAUAUUUUGUCACAGUGCAGUGAACUAAGUAUAAGAAUUCAUGCAUGCAUAUGAGAAUACAAAUUAGCAAGCAAAACAAAUGAAAAUCUUCUGAUUAGUUUUAACUCAGACUGCUCUGAUUGCAAUUUGUAAUAUGCUAACACAAACCCAUUUACUUUCAAAAGGUACCAUUUACUGACAGUAAAUCUAUAGAAUUAAUUUUUUAAAAAAUUGCCAACAUGUGGUGCACCUCAAAGAAAUUAUUUAGCUCUAUCCUGGAAGGGAAAAAUUUACUCCUGGCUGAAGUAGUGCUAGAUAUACCAUGCUUCUUGCUGCCUGCCUUUCACAUAUGCAGCCAGUUUGUCUGCCAUCAUGCAGUUUGCUCCAAGAAAUGCUUUGUGCUUUGCUUUUCCAUUCAUGUUUCCAGAGCUGUACAUUAAGCUCAGCACUGUUUCUCAUGGAAGGACAGACCUACUUCAGAAACUGGUCUAUAGUCAUUGAUUUAAUAGAUAGAAAUUAAUAAUAGUGUCAUUGCACUGAUUCUCAGACAGUUGUCCCUUUAUUUCCAAUAAUAAAUGACCUUUUGAGCCAAAUGCAUACAGCAAGAAUUGUUUUCGGUAACUGGAGUUGAGAAGAAAUGGUACUAUGUUAAGACUAUAGAUAAGUGAAAUGUUUUUCUUUGCUAGAAAUCUGGUUUUGAAUCUAACAAUAUAUUGUCUGUAUUAUGUGAAUAUAAACUUGAGAGGCACUGUGAAUGUCACGGUGAUAGAAUUCUACCUCCCUUUAUUUGCCAUCAUCCCAUUUUUGUUUGGAUUAUGUGCCUUAUUAAAAGUGUCAAGGUUUCCAGGACGCUA